GAGAGCGAGAAAGUGCAGCUCAGGCAGUUGAAGGCAGAGCUCGAGCGCUACCUGAAGGAGGCGCAGGGCAAGGGCGCGGAGUGGAAUAAGUUCGCGGACCGCGCCAGGAACGAUAAGAAGGAGGCGCGGGAGCUCAAAGAGGCGGCGGCGCGCCUCUCGCAGAUGAAGUUCCAGGCGCACCAGGCGGCCGAAAUGGCCGAGGGCGGCGGCAGAGGCGAGGCUGCUGCUCCUGGCAAGGAGAAG